AUAUUAUUCUCAAACCACAUCCAAUCUCGAAAAAUCACCCUUUAUUUUCCAGUUCAAUUCCGCCAUUUCUUUACUCCACAGCGACCCAUUUCUAGCUUUAAUCAUCUUAUUUUGGUAUACCCUCUUCUUUUUUUUUUUUCUCAGUUCCUCUUCUUGCAAAGAUGGCAGCAUCGUCAGCAUGCUUGCUAGGAAACGGUCUGUCUACUCACAGAACUAAAUCGAAGUUGAGUAAAGACUUUUAUGGGAGGAAUAUUGUAUUUACCCCCGCCAUUUCAUCGUUGGGUCGGAAAUCGAAUGCCGUACUCGUAAAGGCAUCUUUAAAACUUAAACAACAUGAAGGAAGAAGGGGAUUCUUGAAGUCAUUACUCGGAACUGCUGGAAUUGGAGUUCCGGCUUUACUAGGAAAUGGUAAAGCGUAUGCUGAUGAACAAGGGGUUUCUUCCUCGAGAAUGUCGUAUUCUAGGUUUUUGGAGUAUUUGGACAAGGACAGGGUUAAAAAAGUGGAUUUGUUUGAAAAUGGAACGAUAGCUAUUGUGGAAGCUGUCUCUCCUGAGUUGGGAAACCGUGUUCAACGAGUUCGUGUGCAGUUGCCAGGACUUAGCCAAGAACUUCUUCAGAAGUUUAGGGAGAAGAACAUUGACUUUGCUGCCCAUAAUGCUCAAGAAGACUCCGGUUCGUUGUUAUUUAACUUGAUUGGCAAUCUAGCAUUCCCAUUAAUCUUGAUUGGAGGGUUGUUCCUUCUUUCAAGGAGAUCGUCUGGUGGAAUGGGAGGUCCGGGUGGGCCUGGUUUUCCCCUUGCUUUUGGUCAAUCGAAAGCAAAGUUUCAAAUGGAACCUAACACCGGUGUAACAUUCGAUGAUGUUGCUGGAGUUGAUGAAGCAAAGCAGGACUUCAUGGAGGUUGUGGAGUUCUUAAAGAAGCCAGAAAGAUUUACCGCAGUCGGGGCUCGUAUCCCUAAAGGUGUUCUUCUCAUUGGCCCUCCUGGAACCGGAAAGACUCUUCUUGCUAAGGCAAUUGCCGGUGAAGCUGGUGUGCCAUUCUUCUCCAUUUCCGGUUCUGAGUUUGUUGAAAUGUUUGUUGGUGUUGGUGCUUCUCGAGUUCGUGAUCUUUUCAAGAAGGCCAAGGAGAAUGCCCCCUGUAUUGUCUUUGUGGAUGAAAUUGAUGCCGUUGGACGACAAAGAGGAACUGGUAUUGGUGGAGGGAAUGAUGAGAGAGAGCAAACUCUUAACCAGCUUUUGACCGAAAUGGAUGGUUUCGAGGGUAACACCGGUAUCAUCGUAAUUGCAGCAACUAACAGAGCUGACAUUCUUGAUUCCGCUUUGUUGAGGCCAGGACGGUUUGAUAGACAGGUCACUGUUGAUGUUCCGGAUAUCAGAGGCAGAACUGAGAUACUAAAGGUUCAUGGUAGCAACAAGAAGUUUGAAACUGAUGUAUCAUUUGAUGUUAUAGCCAUGAGAACGCCUGGUUUUAGUGGAGCAGAUCUAGCAAAUCUAUUAAACGAAGCUGCUAUAUUGGCUGGUCGGCGUGGCAAGACCGCAAUUUCAUCUAAAGAAAUCGAUGAUUCAAUUGAUAGGAUCGUGGCUGGAAUGGAAGGAACAGUUAUGACUGAUGGAAAGAGCAAAAGCUUGGUUGCAUACCACGAGGUCGGCCAUGCCAUUUGCGGAACUUUGACACCGGGUCACGAUCCUGUUCAAAAAGUCACCUUGAUUCCACGUGGCCAGGCACGCGGUCUUACCUGGUUCAUUCCUUCAGAUGACCCUACCUUGAUCUCCAAGCAACAACUCUUUGCAAGAAUUGUUGGUGGACUUGGUGGCAGAGCCGCAGAGGAAAUCAUCUUCGGUGAACCUGAGGUGACAACAGGUGCAGCUGGUGAUUUGCAGCAGAUUACUGGUUUGGCUAAACAGAUGGUGGUGACAUUCGGAAUGUCCGAAAUUGGUCCAUGGUCCCUUAUGGACUCAUCAGCCCAAAGCGCCGACGUCAUAAUGAGAAUGAUGGCAAGAAACUCAAUGUCAGAAAAACUCGCCGAAGACAUCGAUACUGCCGUCAAGAGGCUAUCAGACAGUGCUUACGAGAUUGCGUUGCAACACAUAAGGAACAACCGUGAAGCCAUUGACAAGAUCGUCGAAGUCCUCAUUGAGAAGGAAACGAUGAGCGGAGAUGAAUUCAGGGCAAUCCUUUCGGAGUUUGUUGAAAUCCCGGCCGAAAAUCAGGUCCCUCCUUCAGUACCCACCCCAGUCUCUGUUUAAGCAGACAGUGUUAAACAAGUUGUACAAGUAGUUCACUCUUUUUAUGUUACACAUUAAAUGGUUUAAAUUUAUACUGUAAUCUUUCACUUAUAUGUAAUUAGAAAAUGUAUGUAUACUGAUUUUUAAUUUAUGAAUGAGAAAAUGGAACAGUUUUUGAGCUUUGUCCAA